GAUGUGAAUCAUGGGCCCUGGAUAAAAGACAGGAGAGCAGAGUGCAAGCGAUGGAGAUGAAGUACCUGAGAAGAGUGAGAGGCGUAACAAAAAUGCACAAAAUAAGAAAUGAAAAAAUAGGAGAGGACGUAGAAAUAGAGCCACUGAUGGAAUUCAUAGAAAAAAGGCAACUGAGCUGGUGGGAACACCAGCACAGGAUGAACAACGAGCGACCUGUCAAAAAGAUAUGGGAGUCGAAAGUUCAAGGAAAAAAGAGAAGGGGCAGACCAGAACGAACAUGGGAUAAAACUCUGAAUGAAAUAAUCACCAGAAGAGGAAAGACAUGGAGAGAGGCGAAGAACAUGGCGAUGAACAAGAAGACAUGGUCAAGGUUUGUGCACUGAGAGCAAAGGCAAA